GCUCCAGUCUCGAAUUUCAUCCGCAACGACCUUGCAGUGCCGUGUCUCACCAUCACUGCUGCUUAUGCGCCAUUAGGAGUCCGAACGCGAAUGCUCAAGAGUCCCCCAGUCACACCAACAAAGGUGCAGCGUGGCCUCAGUGUAGCAACAGAGAGCGAAGCAACCUCACUCUUGUCUCCCGCAACUGCUGUCGUCUUGUCACUGCCACAGGGCCCAGCGUCGAUUAGCACUCUUGUGCCCUCUACCUUCAAGGAGCCGGCCGUGUCUUCAUCUUCCUCACUGCUGAGUCCAACACGCACAACACUCGACCACGAUUCAGCACGCCUCUUUGAGGAUGACAUGCGCGUAGUCUGCUCAGUCGCCGACCGUAUCAAGUGGGAAGCCCACAUUUGUUCUAUCCGCGAAGCAAAACUCCGUCAACUCGGCCUCGGUAGCCCAGUCAUCAAAGUCAACAUGUCGAAUGUCAAUAAUCAACCGACUUUCGCUCCGGCAGUAGCAACGAAGGUACAAUCAACCCUACCGCCCCCGACGGGUUUGCAUACCCCAGCCGAAUCUGCAAGCUCUGUGAUCCUACCACGGGUUGCAGAACUGGCGAAGGAGGAGCCACAGAACAUUGUUGCUCAGCUCGCUCGCCUUGCUGAAUUGCGUAAACGCCAUCACGCGCUCUCGAAAAGUGUCAGCGACUUGCAAUGGCAAAAUGCAGAUCUCCAUGCACGCACGAUGUCGCAUGACCCAGCGACCUUACCAAUGGAUGCGCGCAUGUUGGUACACCAGCGUCUCAAUAGCCUGCCGCCAGUCUUUGUGCCAAAUGGCAAGCGUAUUGUGAGUACGGUUGAGUCCAUUGCUGAAGAGCCAGACGAGCAGGUGUCUAUAGAGGAGCACAGCUUUCAGCAGCAAUCUCGUCAACAUGGCACGCAAUGGACUGACGUCGGCGAACACGACUUGCAAUAUUACGAUGACUUUGCAAUGCCAGACUUUUCCAUGCUUCCUGUCCAGAUGCAGCCGCCACAGAACCCAUAUGGCUACGAGUACGGCCCACAUGGCUUUGCUGAUGUCUAUAUGAAUGGUCUUGGCUCACCUGAGCAGCCAUUCCUCAAUACUGCCGGGUCCAUUGAUUUCGCAGCACAGAAUAUGCCGGCCUUUGACUUUUCCCUGCAGCAUGGACCUUCAGCUUCAUCAGUCUCUGACUUCAUCUUGCCGCAGCGAGAGAGCAAGGCGGUGCCUAUUAUCCGCCCAGUUGACGCGGAGAUUGGCUCUGAAGCAGGCGAUGCGAGUCGAUCCUUUGACGCGUACGAUGGCUUUGACUCUUGCUCUGAUUCUCAAGGCUCGCCGCAGCAACAACAAGAUCAAGAAGAAGAACAAGAGGCCAACGACGAGCGUGUUCGAGCGUUUGUCUUUCCCAACGCCAAGUCAGCGCCUGCGACACCGUCUAUUGCUCGUACUGCUGUCUUUGAGAGUGUCGACAUGACACGCUCUGCCUCACCACUCAAGCGAGCAUAUGGUCAAUCUGCUUAUGCUCCAGAAAUGCCGCAAAAGUCGCCUGCACGCCGCAUCUUCGAUAAGAGUGUCAAUAUGGCUGACUCUGAAUUGGAUCAAAUCAUUCGUGGUUUGUCUCAUUCGCAAAUCGCCAGCUCACAAGCUUCGGGUGGUGAAGAGAGCGCUGAAGAAGAUGAGUCUGACUUGUCCUCGCAAUUAUUGUCCUCUCCGCCGCUUUUAUCCAUGCAACGUCUACCACAGGCACUGCGCAGAACGGAUGGUCGAUCCAUUGCUGCUGAUAAUGCACAACGAUCCGCCAGUGCCAAGCACCUUCUUCUUCUGGGUCACCAGGAUGCAGAUGUGGGCCUUUUGCUUGACAAGAUGCUCACCACAAAACUCGCUGGUGUGUCUGAAGCAGUGCAAAGUAUUCAAGAAGGUAUCGCUUCGCUUGAGCAGCAAGUCCUUGCAUCCCUCGAACAAUCUGUCAUGACGAAGCAUAUUGAUGAGUUGACGGAAGCCCUUCAAGAUGCGCGCACAGCACUGGAUGUUCGAGAUGCCAAGAUUGAGGGGCUCGAAGAGACGGUUGACCUGCUUCAUGAGCAAGUAGCCGACUUGGAGUGUACAGCAGCGGAAACCUCAGUCGUCCUACCGUUUGCACCGAGUGACUCUUCCUCUGCAGCAAAAGUGGAUGCAGCUGCCCUGACUGAGCUAGUGGAACGUGUGCGUGUUUUGGAAGGUGCUCGAGCAGGCUUACAGGUCGCUGUACGUGAUGGCACCAUGAAACGGGCACAACUGGACGUUCAAUGUCGGGAUCUCGAGACGGCACUACAAGCCUCCAAGGCCGAGACAAGUACUGCCGUGAAUCGUGCAGAACAGGCUGAACUAGCCUGUGCUGCAUUGGAAAAGCGCUUGCAACAAGCACACGCUGCAGAAGCUGACAUCACACACAAGCAUGGCAAGUUACAGCAAGAACUCCAAGAAGCUGCCGUGUCGAUUGCACAGGAACAGACACGCUGGUUGACCACUGAGUCGACGCUACGCGGACAGGUGGAUGCAGCCCACGCUCGUGCAGCACGCGAUCUUGCAGCAAAGGAAAAGGCUGAAGGUGAAGUGGAUCGUCUGCGACGUGUCGAGCGUGCCUCGCUUGUUCCUACGGAUGUCAACAUCCUCAAGGCACAAGUCGCUAUGCUUGAGCGAGAACGACAAGCAACGGCUGAAGGCCACCAAGCUGAGCUGGCGAUGCGUGACGGUCGUUUGGAUCGAAUGAUGAGCGAAUGGCAAGAGAUGGCUCGUCGACUUGCAGCUGCUGAACAGAAAGCUGCUGCUGCUGCUUCCGUGCGCACGUCGUCUGGCCUUGCAGUCUUACCAGAUGAUGCGCCACAGACGCUAGCCGGCAGAGAUGCAUCUGUUUUGGCACGCACAGAGUGGUUGCUCCAGUCUAUGCAGCAGAUGAUGCAGCAGCAACAACAACAGCUUGCAAGUCCUACAAAGGAUGUGGAUUCAGCGCAUCGUGCAGAAAUAGCUCAAGUGCGUGCGCAUGCUCGCCGUAUCAGCCAGAGUCAAGCUGCUCAAAUUGCAGAGCUAGAACAGACUGUCGCUGCUACAGAAGUUGCAGCGUCGCGAGGUCUACGAGUAAGAGAACGCGAAAUUGGACGGCAACGAAGUAUUCUUGAGACCAUCACAAGUAAUGUUGAAGUGAUGCAUCGCGUUUCACUUGCUCAGGGUGCUUCUCCUGCGUCUGGCGACCCAAAAGCUGCUAUGCAAAAGUCAACAGAAGCAUUGCGGCGUAUCCGGCUCGAGCUUGAGCAUGCGUCCAAGUCGAGUGCACCGCGACUACAGACGAAAGCGGCUUCCAGUACAGCAUCAGCUGGAUUAGUGGCAGGUGCACGACUUGCUCAAGUUGGUGGUGCUGUGGCACAUUUGGAUGCGGCUGCCUCUGCAGAUGAAGCGCAAGGCAAGGAACGCGCACUAGCGCAAGCCAUGGCGUCCUUGAUUGGUGGCGAGAGCCCAAUUUCACCGAGCAGGCGCAUGCGUUGACCUGGAUCAUGUCUUUUUUAGCAAAUUGUCAAGAUUUUGUAGUUUGGUUAUGCGAUGAUAUGAAUAUCAGUUGGCCU